AUGGAUUUUCAAGCCAACAAAGCCAUCAGUUGUACCAAAUAUCGGUUCCUGUACUUCAACCCAAACUUCACUAAAUCUCUCAAAUGGCAGUGGCUCUGUAACCAACAUGGACCCAUCGAGUAUAGAAACCGGAAACAUAAGAUAAUUGGAUCACCUCCAUCGGUGAAUUCAAAAACUAAACAAAAGAAAGCAAGGCCAGGUUCGAACAUUACAGGACCAUCGAGUUCUGGUCUUCCACCAUUGUUUGAAACAGAUUCAAAUCCUGAAGCUACUCAGUGUCCAAACCAAAACAAAACAAAUGAAUUCAUUCGUCCACCAAGGUUCAUCGUACAUGACCAUCCUGAAGCUUAUAAUAAUCGAUAUGAAAUGGAGAGUGAGUCUGAAAAUGAAGAUGAAUAUGACGACAAUCAGACUUACAGUGGCUAUCCUGGUGGAGAGUCUUUGAUAAACCCAUCACCACAACAUAUCCCACAACAAGAAAAUCAUACCGUUACUUCAUCUAUUACUAUAGGGUUACAAAAAAACGGUUAUUACGACGAAGGGGAUCCAGUUUGGAAUUGUAGGUUUUGUCAAGCAUACAUGUGGUAUGGUGAAAGAAUUGGAAAACGCCGUCGUAGCAAGAAACCUGUCUUCUCAAUGUGUUGUAAACAUGGAAAAGUUGUGCUUCCUCGCCUCGCGAAUCCUCCAAUGGAGUUAAUGUAUUUGUUAUGCAAAGGAGACGAAUUAAGUAAACAUUAUCGAGAGUUUAUCCGAGCUUACAAUAUGAUGUUCUCUUUCACAUCACUUGGGGGGAAGAUAGAUCAUUCUAUUAACAAUGGUCGUGGACCAUUUGUUUUUCGAAUGUUCGGUGAGAACUAUCAUCGUAUUGGUGAUAUAGUUCCCGAGCCUGGACAAGCUCCAAAAUUCUCCCAGCUGUCGGACGGAGCUAGCGCUAAGAAACUAAGAGAACCACUUGUUCUUCUUCUGCAGAAUAUGUUAGAUCAGUAUAAUCCUCAUGUUAAGGCUUUUAGAUCUGCAAGAGAUAGGUUCGACGUGGAAGGAUCAACAGGUUAUAGGAUGAGGUUGAUUGAAAGUCGGCAAUCUGAUGGACGGACCCAUAAUCUGCCCACUGCAAAUGAAGUUGCUGCUUUGAUACCUGGAGAUUUUGUUUUAAAUAUGGAGCCCCGAGAUAUUGUUCUAGAGAGUACAAGUGGAAAGUUGCAAAGGAUAAGUGAAUUACAUCCGGCGUAUUUGCCUCUGCAGUAUCCACUAUUGUUUCCAUAUGGAGAGGAUGGUUUUCGAUUAAAUAUUCCAAUUGGUUUUGAAGACACGGCUGGGAGAAAACGCAAAAAUGUAACUAUGCGUGAAUACUUUGCAUUUCGCAUUUUAGAGAGGAAGGGGGAAGCACCCACGAUUACGAGAUCCGGAAGAUUGUUUCAUCAGUUCCUUGUGGACGCCUACACAAUGAUAGAAUCGAGUAGACUGCGUUACUUAUGGCUGAAUCAGAAAAAACUCCGGUCAGUUAGUUAUGAUGCAAUCCAGAAGGUAGCUGCAAAAGGCGGAGCUAAGAUGGCUGAGCAAGGGAGCCGAAUUUUCAUCCCAGCAACUUUCACCGGAGGAAAACGUUAUAUGAAGCAGCAUUACUACGAUGCCAUGGCUUUGUGCAAGUACUAUGGAUUUCCAGAUCUUUUCAUCACUUUUACGUGCAAUCCAAAAUGGCCUGAAGUUACAAGGUAUCUGAAAAAAUAUAACCUUACCGCCGAAGACAGACCUGAAAUUUUGUGUAGAGUUUUCAAGAUGAAACUCGAUAAUCUUAUUGAGUUUUUGACAAACAAGGACGGCUCCUUAUUUGGCCCAGUUUCUGCAGUAAUGUACACGAUUGAGUUUCAGAAAAGAGGAAUGCCACACGCUCAUAUUCUCGUCUUCAUGCAAAAUGGAGCCAAAUUUCCAACAGCUGAUCAUAUAGACACUAUUAUAUCGGCUGAGAUACCUGACAAGACGGUAGAUCCAGACCUGUAUGCAAUCGUUGGGGAUUGUAUGAUGCAUGGUCCUUGCGGUCCAGCAAAGAAGGAUAAUGUAUGUAUGGUUAACGGUAAAUGCUCUAAGAUGUUUCCGAAACGACUGAACAUCAGGACAUCGAUUGACGCAAAUGGAUUUCCAGCUUACAUGCGUCGUAUUGAUGGUAGGUUCAUUGAGAAAAAUGGAAUCAGAUUAGACAAUGGAUAUGUUGUACCUUACAAUAGAAACCUCAUGCUUAGAUAUCACGCGCAUAUGAAUGUCGAGUGGUGCAUCCAAACGCGUGCUGUUAAGUAUCUUUUCAAAUAUAUCCAUAAGGGACCUGAUUAUGCUUCAGCUGCAAUGGAUAAAGAAGAUGAAGAUGGCGUCAUCGACGAAAUCAAAACAUAUUACGACUGCAGAUAUAUAACUGCAUGCGAGUCAUCGUGGCGGGUUCUUGCUUUUCCUACACAUUUUCGUACUAUUUCUGUAGAGAAACUUGGAUUUCAUCUCCCUGAUCAGGAGCUGGUGUUUUUUGAUGAAGAUGAACCUAUUGAGAGUAUCCUCAAGAAAAAAUCUGUCAACCAAUCCAUGUUUCUGGCGUGGUUCAUAGCAAAUCAAAAAUAUCCAGAGGCAAGAGAUUUGACAUAUGCCGAAUUUCCAACAAAAUUUGUUUGGAAAGCAAGUAUGAGAGAAUGGGUACCACGUAAACGAGGCUUUGCGAUAGGGAGGAUUGCACAUAUUAAUCCAGCACAAGAUGAGCUAUAUUUCUUAAGAGUAAUGCUAAAUUGGGUAAGAGGGCCGAAAUCGUACGAGGAUAUAAGAACAGUUGAUGGUGUUGUAUAUUCUACAUACGAAGAUGCUUGCUAUGCUUUGGGUUUGAUGGAUGAUGACAAGGAAUACAUAGAAGCUAUCAAAGAUUGUAGUGAUAAUAGUUCUGGCACGUAG